AUGCUCUCCUCUGUUCUCCUGCGAGCCUCUGUCCUUGUUCUCGGACUCCUUCCACAGACCGUAAUCACCGCUCCCGUCACCGACAAAACCGAGAUUUUGAUCUCCAAAGUCAAGGCUCGUCUCGCGGAGAUGGAUCUUUUGAGCUGGGAGAUCGGAACCUACACUCAAGCUCUUCUUGAACUGGAUGCUCCAGAGUACUCCACCCUUACUGCAAAAUCUCUUCCUCUUCCGAGGCACAUUUCACCCUCCAUUCAACCUGUCUUACAAAUUGUCAAGAAUGUUAUUGCUCAGAACCGUAACACAUCUAUUGAAGGACCUCAGCCAAUCAUGCCAGAUGGCUCUGCGGGCGAUCCUGCUUCAAUUGGACCCGCUGUUCUAUUGGCCGAAUGGACCAAACAGUCGGAUGAUAGUGUGCCGUACCUACAAGUCGCGGAAGACGAAAUCAACUAUCUGUUCUCGGACGCCGUUCCGAAAACCACUGACGGCGCGAUUUCUCAUCGGGUCGCUCAACUCCAGCUUUGGAAUGACAAUAUGUACAUGUUACCCCCCUUUUUCGCGCAAUAUGGUGUCCAGACGCAAAACGUAACCAUGAUUGAGGCUGCGUACAAGCAGAUUUCGACUUACCGCAGUUAUUGUCUCGAUCUUCUUGAUGGUGGUCUUUGGAAGCAUGUUGUUCUCGGAGGCAGCGAAACACCCAUUGACCUCAAGCACUGGGCCACUGGUCUGGGUUGGGUGACCGCUGGAUUGCUUCGCGUCUGGUCGACUGUCGCAAAAUCCGAGUUCGCUGAUCAAUUCGCUCAGCAACAGAACGACCUUAUGGAAUGGGUAAAAGACAUUCACGAAGCUGUCUGGCCAUUUUUGCCCGCUGAAACCCACGUAUUUACCAACUACGUCGACAUCCCCGCUGGCACCACUAAUGACUCUUUCCCCGAUGCCGCUUCUGGUACCCUGUUAGCUGCCACUGCCUACCGUUUGUCGGUUCUGACAGAUGAGCAUAAGUAUGUUGCUCAAGCAGAGAAAAUCCGAAAGACCCUCUUCACUCCCUUGAAAAAUGGAACUUAUCUUCAUUUCUCGGAAGAUGGCUGGUUGCAACCUGUUGUUGACCCACAUUGGUAUUCCAGAGCCGGAGAGAAGAGUGCCGAAGGCCAAGCAUUUGUACUCAUGAUGCAUGCUGCUCAUCGGGAUUGGGUAAAUGCUGGUAGAAAGGGAGACUAUUAG